AUGGCUGGGGAAUUCAGAUGGACCGGCGCUUGGCUCUUCUUUUUAUGGUUUGUCUCUGUAUCAGUAUUUGCAAUUCAGGAAGUUGAUGGGAAAUCCAUAGUUCUGGCUACAGAGAAGAACUCUGCACAUCACCAACAGGCCAGAAGGAAAUUAGAUGAUGUGGGUGGUUCUAUUGACAUUGACUGUGGCCUAAUUGAUGAGAUUGGCUAUACCGAUGGAAAAACUCAGAUACCCUACUUUACAGAUUCAACGUUCAUAGACACUGGAGAAAACCGGGAGAUAUCAAUUGAGUUCAUUUCUGAAAAUCUUGAAAGAAUACUUAGAAAUGUAAGAAGCUUUCCUGAGGGUAAGAGGAAUUGUUACACUCUAAGACAUCCAGAAGGUAGAAAUACUGUUUACUUGUUGAGAGCUUCUUUCAUGUAUGGCAACUAUGAUGCUCUGAAUCAGCCGCCCAAGUUUGACCUUUAUAUUGGAGUUAAUUUGUGGGACACUGUGAGAUUCGAGAAUGCCUCCCAUAUUGUAAUAAAGGAGAUUUUACAUGUGCCACCUAUGGAUGUUGUACAUGUUUGCUUACUGAACACUGAUGAAGGAACUCCUUUUAUAUCAGCAUUGCAGAUGAGGCAUCUUCACAAUUCCAUUUAUACUAACAAAUCUCGAACCUUAGCUCUAUAUAAACGUCUUGACUUUGGCUCAACAACCAAUGAAAUAGUGAGGUUUGAAGAAGAUGCCUAUGAUAGAAUUUGGUAUCCUUACAAUUUACCUCAUUGUGAGUCAUUGAGUACCAACUUGACCAUUGAUUCCCUGAAAAAUACAUACCGGCUACCGUCAACAGUAAUGAGAACUGCUGUAACACCAACUAAUGAUGGCGACCCCGUGGAAGUUCAGUUUGAAACUGGUGAUUCUAUUUCAAAGUUCUAUGUUUAUGUGCACUUUGCUGAGAUUAAGGAGCUCCGCAAAAAUGAACACAGAGAAUUCAGCAUUAUAUUGAAUGGAAAAUUGUUGGAUGAGUCUGAAGAUCUUGUAGUCCUCAAUUACUUAGACCCGACCACAAUUCAUAAUCCACAGCCCAUCACAGGACCCAAGCUUUGGCUCUCUUUGAACAAGAAAGAAAAUUCCACCCUUCCUCCCAUUCUCAAUGCAAUGGAGAUUUACUUUGAGAAAGAUUCAUAUCAGGAACCUACAGACCAAGAAGAUGUUAAUGCUAUCAUGGACAUCAAACAAGCCUACACUAUUAAGUCGUGGCAAGGAGAUCCUUGUGCACCCAUGGACUAUUCCUGGGAUGGACUUAACUGCAGUUACAAUGGAUAUGAUGCACCAAGAAUAAUUGAAUUAAAUCUAUCCUCCAGCAACUUGUCAGGAGCAAUAAGUCAAUCAUUUUUCAUGCUGAAAUCUUUAGAAUAUUUGGAUUUAUCAAAUAAUAGUUUAACCGGGUCACUUCCUGAUUUUUUCAUCCAUUUGCAACACUUGAAGACUCUAAAUUUAUCAGGAAACAGGCUCUCUGGUGAAAUUCCAUCAGCUCUUAGGGAAAGAACAGAAAAUGGGUCACUUCUGUUGAGUGUGGAUGGGAAUCCUGACCUUUGUCUGAAAGCUCCGUGCAAAGAGGAUAAGAGUUCUUUUCCACUGCAUGCAGUCAUAGCCAUUCUUUCAUCAGUAGUCUUUUUAAUUGCACUGGCUAUUGUAGUCAGCAUUAUUUGGAGAAGGACAUCCAGCAAAAAACCAGCAAAUCAGCUGGUGACAUCGAAUGAGGAAGUUGUGCUGAAGUCAAGCAAUACACGAUUCACAUACUCCCACAUAGUAGAUAUCACCAAUAACUUCGAGAAAAUGAUUGGAAAAGGAGGAUCUGGAGCUGUUUAUCAUGGCUCCUUAUCUGAUGACACACAAGUUGCUGUCAAACUGCUCUCAUCACCAGAAAGCUGUAAGCAGUUUCAGACAGAGGCAGAACUCUUAAUGCGACUUCAUCAUAGAAACUUGGCUUCCUUUCUUGGAUAUUGUAAUGAAGGCGGACACACUGCGAUCAUAUACGAGUUCAUGGCUCAUGGGAACUUAGAGAAGUGUCUUUCAGGUUCAAUGAAAGAAUUAUCAAGUUGGAAAAACAGGAUUCAGAUAGCAGUCGAAGCCGCUCAAGGACUUGAGUAUUUGCAUCAUGGCUGCAAGCCUCCUCUAGUUCACAGGGACAUAAAGACAUCAAACAUUUUGCUGAAUGAGAAAAUGCAAGCAAAAGUUGCAGAUUUUGGGUUCUCAAAGUCCUUUUCAACUGAAAGCCAAAGCCAUAUGUCGACAGAAGUCAUUGGGACAUUCGGAUACCUGGACCCAGAAUACUACUCAGCCAACAGGCUUACUGAGAAAAGUGAUGUUUAUAGUUUUGGCAUUGUGCUUCUAGAGCUUGUUACAGGGCAGCGAGCAAUAAUAAAAGGUCAAGAGAACACUCACAUUGUGAAUUGGGUUACCCCUUUUGUGAAAAGAGGAGAUCUGCAACAAAUUGUGGAUUCAAGGUUGCAGGGAGAUUUUGAUUUUGGUUCUAUGUGGAAGGCUGUGGAAGUAGCAAUAUCUUGUGUGUCUCCAACCGCUAGUGAAAGACCAUCAAUGAAUUAUGUUGUCCCAGAAUUAAAAGAAAGCUUAGAAAUGGAAGCAGCUCGUAAACAAAGGUGGGGUACAGAUGGAAGAAUUCUUAAAUCAAACAGCUCAUUCGACACCCAUGUUGUUGAUGUUGAAGCUGCCUCUGGUCCAGAGGCAAGAUAGUAGGCAAGAAUGUUCUUUGUGAUGAUGAUAGCCUGCAGAGAACCUUUAAAAAAGUCUAGUCUGAUUAACAUCUUGAUAUUAUUAUGAACAGGGGAAUCAAUAUGUAUAAAGAAAAAGCACCAGAAAACAGAAAUAUAUAUAUAUAUAUAUGCAUGUAUGCAUCUAUGUAUGCAUGCAUGCAUUAUGCAUAUGUGCAAUGUAAAUGUUUGUGCAGUCAACACGGUGGAUAAUAGUAUCACCGCAAUGCCAAGUGUAUCUCCCCUUCUUUCCUUCCCAUACCAUCUCUAUUUUCUUUAUUUUAAAA